AUGUCCAAAACCCUUAAGAUUGCCGUUAUUGCCGGCGACGGCAUUGGCAAAGAAGUCAUGCCCUACGGCGUCCGCUGUCUUCAAGCUGCAUCAAAGAAAUACAACCUCUCGCUCGAAUUCACAGAGUUCGACUUUGCAAGCUGCGACUACUACGAAAAACACGGCAAAAUGAUGCCUGAUGACUGGAAGGAUACCCUUACGGCCUUUGACGCAAUCUACUUUGGCGCAGUCGGCAUGCCUGACCAAGUCCCUGACAACGUCAGUCUCUGGGGCAGUCUACUCAAAUUCCGUCGCGAGUUCGACCAGUAUAUCAACCUACGACCGUGUCGUUUGAUGCCGGGUAUUCCCUGUCCACUGGCAGGUCGCAAACCAGGCGAGAUUGACUUUUGGAUCGUGAGGGAGAACACAGAAGGAGAAUACUCCAGCGUUGGCGGAAUCAUGUUUGAAGGUACAGAGCGAGAGACUGUAAUUCAAGAUACCGUUAUGACGCGUGUUGGAGUUGACCGUGUUCUUCGUUACGCGUUUGAUCUUGCGCAAAGUCGACCGAGGAAGAAGUUGACGAGUGCUACCAAGAGCAAUGGUAUUGGCAUCACAAUGCCUUGGUGGGAUAAACGCGUCGUGGAAAUGAGCAAGAACUACUCAGACGUUGCUGUAGAAAAGUAUCACAUUGAUAUUCUAACAGCACACUUCGUCCAACGACCUCAAAUCUUCGACGUCGUUGUUGGUUCUAAUCUCUUUGGCGAUAUCCUGUCUGAUCUCGGCCCGGCCUGCACAGGGACCAUUGGCAUCGCACCGUCAGCCAACAUCAACCCAACAGCGAGUUUCCCAAGUCUAUUCGAGCCAGUUCACGGUAGCGCGCCAGAUAUCUACGGGAAGGGCAUCGCGAACCCUGUGGGUAUGAUCUGGGCUGGACAGAUGAUGCUGUCUCACUUUGGAUACACCGACGCCGCGGAUGGUAUGAUGGCAGCUAUUGAGAAUGUGCUAGCAAGGUCGGAUCCUGCUGUCAUGACUGCUGAUGUAGGUGGAAAGGGAACCACGCAGUCAUUGGGUGAAGCCAUUGAGAAGGAGAUCCUUUCAUCUUAG